GGCCUGUUCUGGGCUGUGCAUGGCUUAAUGACGUUUGUGGCUCAGGAGAUUUUGCUACCUGGGGGAAUUUUGGCUGCAAGGUACUUGAGGCAUGUAAAGGGUGAUGGCUAGUACCAAUUACAUGUCUACUUACAGUACUCUGAAAUAGCUAUUAUUUGGUGUUUCUUUUGCAGCUGCUGAAAUUCGUGGUUUUUAUUCAAGUUUAGUGCAUCUGAAAUUUGGUGUAACUGCCAUACUCUUGGCAUGUGCACAGCCAAUAAAUGCAUACGUACAAGCCAAAAGACCAGAUGAAGGAGAGAUAUCUUCAAUACAGAUAAUUUGGGAGUCUUUUUGUGUUAUUGUAGGAAGGUCUGCUAUCAUAGCUGCAGUUGCUGUGCUUAUUAGUGGAAUGAAGCAUUUUGGACAUAGGUAUGGCACUGAGAAUGUUCGAGGACUAACUUUGUCAUUAACAAACUUUUUGGUUACAUACUUGGAAUACAUGGAGGCUAAGCGAAGAAGAAUAGGUAGGAGCUCUUUUAAAGGCAAUUGUUUGCUGUGAAGCACUGACGAAGAUGACCUGGUGGAUCAGUUGCAUUCGGAAAGGACAGUUACUGAAAAGGUCUCAGCCAUCUGGAAUAAUGGUACUGCAGCUUGAAUCUCUUAGCAGAUAAGGUUGAUACUCCUCUAUGGAUUUAUUAUUUGCUUUGCUUGAUUAUACUCCAUUCCAUUAUCAACAGGGGCAGUUUGCAAUGACCCAUCAAGCUGUUUUGGCAACUGUCACAGCUCAGGCACAGAUGCAGGCACAAGCUGCAUGCCCGUCUUCAUCGAAUUCAGUGACAAAUUCAUUUCCGCAGCCUUUGCUGUCUACUGUCAGUCCUAUGCCAUUGCAACAACUGCCACCACAAACUCCCAAAAAAACACCUGGUGAUGUUUACAACUGGCGAAAAUAUGGGCAGAAGCAAGUGAAGAGCAGUGAUAAUGCACGAAGCUACUAUAGAUGCACAGAUUCCAAUUGUUCAGCUAAGAAAAAAGUUGAGCACUGUCCUGAUGGCACUGUUGUGGAAGUAAUCUAUAGAGGUAAACACAACCAUGACCCACCUCAAAAACAUAGAUACACAAGGGACAGAGGAGCUCAGUCUAGUGGACCCCCUGUAGAGAAUGAAAGUUUAGACAAUCCGAGCACUGAACCCGAUGAAUCAGAUCCUUCAACAUGUAAGGCUGAACAGAACUCUAACAAUGAAACUCCUAAACAACAGUUGUACUGCUCAAGCGAUUGUGAAUUUGAUGCUGGGACCAAGAGUGAAGAAGAUAUUGCCGAGGAACCAGAUCCAAAACGAAGGCUUAGUGAAAACUCAAAAAGUUCUUCAGCGCCAAUUCUUAAAACAAUUAGGGAAUACAUCGUACAGACUGAAAUUGAUGUAAGACAUUUGAGUGAUGGCUACAAGUGGCGGAAAUAUGGACAAAAAAUGGUGAAGGGAAAUCAUAAUCCAAGAAGCUACUAUAGAUGCACACACAGUGGGUGCCCCGUUCGUAAGCAUGUUGAGAGAGUCUCGCAUGAUGCAAAAGCUCUUCUUAUCACUUAUGAGGGUGAGCACAAUCAUGACCAGCCAACCUCCAAGCCUGCCGGUGAUACACCAUUAACCACUUCACAAAGUAAUGUUGCGGCAGGCAUGUCUAGUGAACAACUCAGUACAUCCAAUUCUUUGUCUGUCGAACAAUCCUCAAAGGAAUCAUGUCAGAAUAUUGUAGUUGAGGAAGUAGCUGGUGAUAAGAAACUUGAACUUGGAGGUAAUGGAGCAUUGGAAUCUGCUCAGGCUCUUCUAAGCAUUGGAUUCAGUUCAUCAUCCACGGAGGGCACCGGCAGAAAUAAUUCCGAGAGCAUGAAAAGCCCUAUUUUGACUGAAAAUAGAGCUGCGGCCUCAGUCCAGAACACUUGAUCGACAGGUUCCCUGCAAUUUUGGUGCAUGUUGUAGUUUACUUGCUUGCAUUGCGAGCUCUUCCAUUACUGUGUUUGCAUCUGUAUAGCCUUUGUAGUGGCAUCGGUGAUGCGACAUCACCCCAGGAAAAUCAUCUUAGGAUCGCAGUAUCCAUCUGGGGAGAGAAGAAACUGAUUUCAGCUGUGAAACAUGAUGAUAUAAUCUCUGCUUAGUGAAAUAUUUAGCUCCCUGAAUAA